CAUUGUCAGCUGGAGCUGCUUUUAAAGGGACAGUGGGUGGGCAGUGGGUGUACAGCGAUGCGCUGAGGACUAGGAUCCUGCCCAGUGCUAGGGGCGGAGGAGAAAUUACAGUGGCAAGCAGCAAAGGAGAAAGGUGGAUUUACCUGUCGUUUAACACACAUACCCAAAGGCAGAAUGAAUUCCCAUGAAGAGCAGCCUCAGUCAGAUGCAGCUACUGCUGCUGCUACCCCGUCUUCCACCGAUGAUGAUGAUGGGAUGACCUGGUGGUACAAGUGGUUAUGCAGACUGGCUGGCAUCAUUGGGGGCAUCUCGUGUGCCUUUGCUGGCCUCUUUAACUGUGUGACCAUCCACCCUCUCAACAUCGCAGCUGGCGUUUGGAUGAUGUUGAAUGCCUUCGUCCUUUUCCUGUGCGAGGCCCCCUUCUGCUGCCAGUUCAUCGAGUUUGCAAACGCUGUGUCAGCAAGGGCAGACAAACUGCGUCCAUGGCAGAAAGGUGCCUUCUACUGCGGGAUGGCUAUAUUCCCAGUUAUACUGAGUCUGACUCUGACAACUUUAUUAGGCAAUGCCAUUGCCUUUGCGACGGGAGUGCUCUAUGGACUUUCAGCAUUAGGCAAAAAGGGAGACGCCAUCACGUAUGCAAGGAUGCAGCAGUUGCAACGGAAGCAAACAAACGAAGAAGGGGUGACAGGAAGUGUUGAACCGCAGGCCGUGUGACAUCGCCAUUCUUUUGAGGCCAGUCAUUCCCAUCUCAUUGGAAAGCAAAGCUUGGGAAUUCACUCCAGCCUUAGAAACUGGCCUUGGAACCCUGUGCUGUGAAACUCUUUCAAAACUUCUAAUUUCAAGCCGGAGAGUGCAGAAUGAAAACAUACCUUCUCCUUUGUCCCCAGAACAUUUUUAAAAAAACAAAAACACAUUUAUGCAACACUGUGAAUCUUAUAUGCUGCAGCUUUAAGGGGGCAGGAUUUAAUGUGGGGGUCCUCCCUUCUCCCACCCUGCUCCUUUCUCAGGUUGGUGUGGAACCAAAUAGGGUGAACAAGCCCCAUUUGUCACAUCACUGUGGUGGACUCUUAGUCGCCUGUGUUGCAACAGCCUUUUGAUACAGUUUUAGCAGCUCAAUACGGUACUUCUGAGAUAAUCAGAAGCUACAUUCUGAGCCUUGAUUUUAUUUUGACAUUUGGGGUGAUGGGGAAGCUAUUUUGGGAGCUGGAAAAUGUGGUACCAAAUGAAUUCUAGGACCUCAGUGUUGAAUAUCUGAGCCACCAACCCAGUCUCUGAUUUGGUGUUCUCUCUUAGAGUUACAAACUUUGGGGGCUUGAUGGACCUUGCUGUCUUCCUACUUUAGAGUCUUGUUUUCCCACCUCUGCAUUGCAGAGAAUUAUUCCCCUGAUGAAUUUUGAGACCCAUUUCUUUAGUAAUUUUAGAACUGAGCAAACUGUGUGUUGAUUUGUGAGAUGCAUUUUCUUAAGGAGAGAAAUUACUUGAAAACCUUUAGUUUGUUUGCAUUUGGUAUUUUUCCUUUUAGGAUUAUUCAGCGGGGGGGGGGGGAGGAAUAGCUUUUGCUGUGGGGGAAAAGGAUAACUUUUUGGAGUGAUCCUGGCUUCCAAGGGUGGAAAGCGCAGCCAUUGUUGCAUCCCAAAGUCUAGCAAAGGACCCCCUGCUUCCUUGAGAGAACUGUCACUCUCACUUUGCAGCAAAGACGGCCAGAGGUGGCAUGAGAGAAUUAUUGGUUUACAAUACCUCAAAGCAUUUCAAGUUAAGGGCCUCAAUAAGCCCCGUCCCCGUCUCCCAUAAAAAACACUUGAGCUGCAAUUAUAGGCAUUUUUUGUACAUGUAAAAAGCACAAAUCUUAGGUUCCAUAAUGCAAUACUGUAAAAUGGUUCAAGCAGUUGGCCAGUUUUGUUUCUGGUCACUGCUUUUUAUAACUGGGAAAAAACUUCCUUGCCCUGAAAUGCUACGCAGUCGCAAUCUUCUUUGCUACUGUUUAACCUGUUUUACUACUUGAUAAUUCCACUUUCCGUAUUUAUACCCUGUAGCUAUAAAUUUAAUUUAUUAUUCCUUUUCCUUGUAAUUUGCUUUGGAAAGCAUAAAAAAUGUAUUGUUAUUAUUUAUUUGGAGUUCCUCAAACUGUUCCGGUGGGGGAUCUGUUCUCUUGGGGUAUAGAACAUGAGACAGGUGCUUUCAUUUGUUGGGAAACGAUUUCUGUCUAGUAGUGUUAGGUCACUGUCUUUUUAGGAAGAGGAAGAUGGGGCUAGUUGGGAUCAGAGUAGGGCACAGAAAUAGUGUGAAUAAUUAAUUAAGUCUAUAGAUGUAGUUGAUAGAAGGGCGUGUGAGAAUCUUACCUGCCAGGUGCAAUGUUGUGUCCCACCGCUAAGGGUCAGUAUUUUCAAAUGCAUUAUCAACAAGAAGUGAUGGUAUUAUAGGCUUCCUUUAGGAGGAAAUGCUUUGCUAGAGAUUCCCGUUUCUUGUUGAAAGAUAAGGUUUCAGAGGAAGGGACCUUUGUCAAAAAGCUCACCCCGUCUCUGAAGAUUGAACAAAGCUGGAUCGCUGCCAUUUUGAAAGAGCAUAAAAGAAUAAGGCAGUCUCUUCUCAGGCGUAGUUAAUUUUUGUGAAUAAUUAUUGGAGACUCUGGAUUCUACAUUGUAAGAAUUUCUUUUACUGUACUGUAUAACGGAUAAUAUUUUCUUGUUUCUAGGAUGCAUAUUGCACAGUAUUGUCUGAUUUUUCCCUUCAGGUGUUGUUUUUUUUAGCAUGCAACAAACAUACCACUUGUAUUCACCAACACCAUCUUUCAAGCAGAUGGAAAUGCAAUAAUUUAAUUCUAGGGUCCCUUCUGAAAUUUAUUUAUCUUGUAAUUAAUGGUGGAAUGAAAAGCUAUUGUUUGAAAGACCGUGCAUGCACCCUAGUGCAGGGGAACAGAACCCUUGUCAGCCUGAGGGUCACAUUCCCUUUUUGACAACCUUCGGGGGCCACAUACCAGAGGCAAAAGUGGGCCAAACGACAGGUGUAACAUUUGUACAGUAGACGAGUUUCA